AGAAGCUGACAGGCUGCUGGCUUCAAAAAAGGAAGAAGGAAAACAACAGAAUGUGGUAGAGCAAAGUGUCAGAUACUAAGGACAGGACUGGGGAUCAGCAUAAAAACCUGACAUCAGUGUUGCUGCAUCAACACUGGAGCGGAGAGGGACGGAGACAGAGAGGAGGAAAAGGGAAGGGUAAAUAAGAGAGGGAGACGCAUAAGGAGCAGGUGAAGAGGGUGGAGUUGAGAAAAACACUGAAGGUGAAAGGUAGACAAACAGAGAGCGGCACGCCGAUCCCCUGAGCCUGACGUCGCCUUAGAGAAACAAGACAAUGACGAUCUGAGCAGGCUCCACGUUCAUCUGGGAGGAUGUGUGAAAAGUGCCUUUCUGCGUGAACCCGGGAGACAUGAGCCUCCAAUAACAGGAUCUAUCAUUUUAUCUGGGGUCUGAGUAACGACUGAAGGAGCUGAGGAUGUCUUCGCUGUCAGAGGCCGACUACCGCUGCAAACAUGGAGAUACAAUCUGUGAGAUCCGUGUCUACGAGCAGGAGGUGAUCGUAGUGCCCGUCUUCCUGCUGGCCAGCUUCCUGGUCGUCCUGGUCUUCGUUCUGCUGAUGCGCUUCUGUCCGGAGAGAGUCGAGCGGAUGCGUCCACGGGCCUCAAAGUCCAACUCCAGGAGAGAACUACACGGUAUCGAUGCUCCACCAGGCAUCAAUGUGCUGGAGCAUGAAAGCAUCGCUCUGGACAUGCCCAGUUCCUACUCCACCUUCGCCCCCCCAACCACCUACUCCUCCAAGAGGCUCUCCGUGCCUGUGAGAACCCCCGACCCCCAUCCACAGCCCUUCCAGCCCAAUUUCGUUCCCAUCGUCCAGCCCAGGGAGUUGCCCCGCCAGAGGUUGCCCGAGUCCUUCAACCUGGUCACCCCUCUACCCGUGGCCUUCAGCUUGCACUCCGACUCCUCUGUGUCCCUCUACAGGGCCCGCAUGGAGAACAGGAAUGUGGUCCUGCGGGUGCUGAAUGACUCUGCGGAUGCUGCAGAAAGACACAACUUCCUGGGUUUUGCCUCCUUCCUGGCUCAGCUCGGGCCUCAUCCAUUCCUGCCGGAGCUUCUCGGUGUGGUGUCCCUGCGAGCUCCCCUGGUCACGGUGGUGGAGGAGCUGGAGAACAGAGACCUGCUCAGCCUCCUCUGGAGAUGCAGACAGGAACAUGUGGAUCCUCCAUGUGAAAUGACUGAGAGAAGAAUAUUUACCAUGGCCAUACAGGUGGCCUCAGCUCUGGAGUUCCUUCACAGCAAAGAUCUUCUCCACGGGAAUAUCCGUGCCCGCAACGUACUGGUCAGCAAGGACUACACGGCCAAGCUCUGGGGUCUUCGUGGGGUCCACACGAGGAAGGACCAGGGGGGCACUCAGAAGGAGGAUACCAGCAUGAAGAAAUGGCAGGCCCCAGAGCUGCUGGCCAAGAGGCCUGCCAGUCAGAGCAGUGACGUCUGGUCCUUUGGCCUCUUACUGUAUGAGAUGGCAACACUGGGUGAAGCUCCGUUUGCAGAAAUCCCAGUUAAUGAACUUCUACAGUUUCACCAAAGAGGGAAGAGUCUGAAAAAACCUUCCAACUCCUCCAACGCUCUGUACACCGUCAUUAAAGGCUGCUGUAAUUGGAAGGAUCAGGAUCGACCCUCCCUGUCUGACGUGAGCCGAAAGCUCACCUCAGGGGAGAAGAGCGCCUCCGACAAAGUCCUCAAGGCGUCUGGGACCAUUAACAUUGAGCAGUACCUGAGGGAAGCGGGAUACGGGGAGACCAACAGCUACACUGUUUUCUGAUCACUGCCUGUGCCGGCAAAAUAUAUUGCACUAUUCUAAAAUACCCCAGUGGUGCACUUUUAACACAAAGUCUUUCUGGUGCAAUAAAGGUGUCCUGUGUAGAAGUGGACACCGAGAUUCUUCCUUUAUUUUGCUGUGUUUUCUUACACUUAAUGUUGUUGCAAUCAAAGAGAAAAUAUUACACGUAUAUUAAGCUAUUUACCUUUUGAAACCGUGAAUUAUUUGUGGGGGGAAAUACAUGAAAUGUUGUAAUAGUGAACUUUAAAGAUACGUAAACUUGACCAACGUACAGCUGCUGCAUCCUGACCUUCCAGAAGGCACCGUAGAUAUAUAAUGGUUUACAAAUGUUUACAACCUGAAGCUGAUGUAUAUGAACAGAUGUAAUAUAUAUGUUAUUACGCUAUUUUUGUACAAUUCUAUAUUAGUUGGAGUUAUAGAAAUGUAGGAUUUGUAAAUAAAAUUGCAAUAUUGUUACACAUGUUUUCUCUAUGAGCUCAGUUCAUGUGGAUGGACCUGAGAAAUGAAGUGAAGAAUUUACAUUUAAAUACAUAAAUCAUCUAGGGUGAAUUUGUUAUUUACUUUUCAAGGAAAUUUAAAAGCAUGAAUAAACACGUCCA